GGAGGAGGAGGAGGAGGAGGAGAGGUGCACCGAGAGGACAAGCUGCCUGAAAAAACAGACACAAAAAAAGGAAGGAAGGAAGAAGAGGAGCAGAUCCACGGGAGAUCACUGAGGGGAAAAGAGAAGUCAUUCGGAGCAGAACAAGGACACUGAGGGGGGGAAAGUGCAAACGAAGCCUUCCCGGGCGGCGCGGAGAUGUAGGGGGGGUUGCCCACGAAGUGGAAAAGAAGAGGAGGGGAUCGAGGAGGAGGAGGAGACGCAGCCUGACAGGAGGUUGGGCUUUUAGAGCUCUACUGACACGAGAGCACAGCGGAGGAGGAGGAGGAGGAGGAGGAGCAGCGCAAGGGCGAUUUGAUGUAUUCGAUACAGGGAGAGUAUUUUUAGAGGGAGCGGGAGACAGGAGAGGAAUAUCGAGAUGCUGCCUUUGAGUGGGGGAGAAAAAACUACGGAGGAGAGGAAAGAAGAAGGAAAAGAAGACAGAGUAAAAGGACAGUGAGAGAUGUUGAGGUCGGUGUGACAACAGAUUAUCUCUGGUCUGGUUUCCUGCAGAAAACCGCUGUGAGUGUGUGUGUGUCUGUUUACUUGCGCCUCCUUCUCCAUGUGAAAUGUGUGUUAGUGUGCCUCUGGCUGCGUAGGGAGAAGCGGGUCCUCGCCCUGUGGUUUACCUGCAGGACUUGAUAGAUUGAAGCCAUGUGCGGCGCGAGGCGAGGAGCACGCCAGUGAGAUCACCGAGAAGUCGAGGCAUCGAAAGUCAGAACGCCGAGUGGGACUGACCCCCCCAAUGAGCACUGUAUACUCUUGGGAAUUAAAUCGAAGCUUGUUUUUUAAUAGUGACAAGGAACUGAUUGCCGCCUCGGGCUCCCGAAUGCUCCUUUGAGCCCAAAAGAACCCGCUCACAUAACUCAGGAGGAGAGAAACUACAGCGCUGGAAACAAGGCAAGCUCCCCUCUAACUUACUGCACCACACCGACCAAAACCCUCCACUGUCGUCCCGUUGAUUUCGUUACCUUCUCCUCCUACUUUUUUUUUUUUCACCCCGUCACUGCCUAACUUGGUAUUUGUAUUCCAUCCUUCCCUCUGGCUCUCCCCUCCCCUCCCUCUUGUUGCUGCCUGCGCUCUCUCCGUCUCAUCGUUUCUUGUCCACUGUCACACUGGCUGCGGUGGAGGCUGUAGUCACUCAUGUAGAAGCCACCUGGCUUGGAGCACAUUUGCCUUUCGGGAUUUUUUUUCUUUCCCGCCUUUCCCCUCGCUGAGGUUUGGGUGAUUGGGGCACUCUCGCACAGCGUCCACCAUGGAGAGGUGACCAACAAGUAGCUGCUGUCAAGAUAAUCCCAGCCCCGCCAGUGGCUGAAACACACUGAUUACCUUAGGGAGGGGAGUGUGGGAGGGGGGGGCGUUUUGUGGGCACUCGGUCCGGAUUUAGACUGUUAAGACCGACACAAAUCCAGGUGUGGACUUCGACAGUGGAUUUAUCCUGGAGCUACAUGUGGGCUCCAGCCCCUGAGGCCUCGCUGGGAAAUGAAGCCUUUCCCGUGGCUGUAGGAGCGUUGUGGGCAGCCAUGGCCCUGGAGGGGCGCUGUCUCCGGCGGGGAUCCCCCGCCAUCCUCCGAAAGGGUCGUCAGCCGCGUCCUACAAAGCCAACUCUGGUUGGGGUCACUUCCACUCUGCUAUCAAGGACACGCCUGCACGGCCUGAGGCAGAUUUGCCUCCCCGGCGGUUCCGUUGGCCGCAGGGCCUUUUGGCUCCUGGCUCUCUGCACCUCCCUGGGGCUGCUCGCAUCCUGGUCCUCCAACCGCCUGCUGCACUGGCUUUCUUUCCCCACACACACACGAGUCCACACCGAGUGGGCAAAAGAACUGGCCUUCCCUACGGUGACCAUCUGCAACAACAACCCCAUCCGCCUCUACAAGCUCACCAAGAGUGACCUGUAUUUCGCCGGCCACUGGCUGGGCCUGCUGCUGGCCAACCGGACCGUGAGGCCGAUGAUUCUGGACCUGCUCCAAGAGGACCGCCGGGCCUGGUUCGGGAAGCUGUCGGACUUCAGGCUCUUCCUGCCACCCAGAAACUUUGAGGGGACCAACCUGGAGUUUAUGGACCGUCUGAGCCACCAACUGGACGACAUGCUCCUCUCAUGCAAAUACAGAGGACAGCCCUGUGGCGCUCACAACUUCUCUUCUGUGUUCACCAGGUAUGGGAAGUGCUACAUGUUCAACGCCGUAGAGGAAGGGAAGACGCUCCGCACCACCAUGAAGGGAGGGACAGGAAACGGCCUGGAGAUCAUGCUGGACAUCCAGCAGGAUGAGUACCUGCCGGUUUGGGGGGACACAGAGGAUACGGCCUUCGAGGCGGGCGUGCGGGUGCAGAUCCACAGCCAGGCGGAGCCCCCAUUCGUUCACGAGCUGGGCUUCGGCGUGGCCCCUGGUUUCCAGACUUUUGUCGCCACACAAGAGCAGAGGCUGACUUACCUGCCUCCCCCGUGGGGAGAGUGUGAAUCCAAAGCUCUGGAGUCGGGCUUUUUCCAGGUGUACAGUGUAACCGCCUGCAGGAUUGACUGUGAAACCCGCUACAUCGUAGAGAACUGCAACUGCAGGAUGGUGCACAUGCCCGGCGAUGCCUCUUACUGCACACCGGAGCAGUACAAAGACUGUGCCGAGCCUGCCCUCGCUAAACUGUCGGCUGUGGAGAGCAGCAACUGCAUGUGCAGGGCGCCGUGCAACAUGACCCGCUACAACAAGGAGCUGUCCAUGGUCAAAAUCCCCAGCAAGACCUCGGCCCGUUACCUCCAGAAGAAGUUCAACAAGUCUGAGAAAUACAUCACAGACAACAUCUUAGUAUUGGAUGUGUUCUUUGAGGCCUUAAACUAUGAGACCAUCGAACAAAAGAAGGCUUACGAGGUCGCAGGCUUGCUGGGUGAUAUCGGGGGCCAGAUGGGUCUGUUCAUUGGAGCCAGCAUCCUGACCAUCCUAGAGCUGUUUGACUAUGCUUACGAGGUGGUGAAAGACAGAUUACUGGAUUUACUGAGCAAAGAGGAGGAGGACGAGAGUCACGGAGAGGAUGUGAGUUCCUGUGACCCAGUGGCAAACCACUCGGAGUCCAUCAGCCACACGGUUACAGUCCCCUUGCAGACGACGCUGGGCACCUUGGAGGAGAUUGCCUGCUGAGGCCCCCUCAGA